AUGCUGGAGAAUCUGAUCUCGGAGCUGCGGAGUUCUGUCCCCGGAGCGGCGGUGGGGGAGCUCCGGGGCCCCGGAGCGGCGAGUUUUGAGGGUUUCGAAAACGCGAUCGCCAGUGCCUCGGGGGACGAAGAAGUGUUCCCGAGGGUGGGCUCCGCCGAUGCCGCGUCGGUCCUGGGGGCAAGGUACAAGUCACUGUCGCCGGCGCGGCUCCUCAUCUCGUCGCGGGCACCUUGCCUUACGAUUCCGCCGGGGAUCAGCCCUACCACUCUGCUCGAAUCACCGGUGCUGCUGACGAACGUCAAGGUCUGUUUAGGCUUCCUCUUAGUCCUUGUGAUUUUUUGUAAUUUUGCGGGAUUCGGUUAAUCUGGUACUUACUCGUGUUUCUUCGUAUAAUAUUCCUCUUCCGUGAGAAAAUACGAGAUUCUUGUUGGUGAGGUUUCUCCAUGACCCUCUGCUUUCUAAUUUUAGUAUAUUGGGGUAAGGAUAUUACACUCAUUUCAAUUAAAAACUAUUUUUAUGAUAUAAUUCGUUAGCAUAAUUUUUAUGAAUUUCCAGGAAAUAAAGUGGAAAAAUGUAGGGAAAAAUCGUUCUGGUUUUACACUACGGUUUUAUUGACCCUGUCUGUAGACCUUACAAGGUCCUUCGUAACAUGCAUUAUUAUCUUCUUACAGAUGGUUUUAGUUUACUAUAAACUAUAACAUGUGACGGAAAGAAAUGGGGAACGUAAUCGGCUGGCAUGUAGAUGCCACUUAUCUUUUUGUUUUAUUGUUCCCUCUGUAGUCUAGUUAGCCUUAGCUCUCAGCUGCUUGUAAGCACUUCCAUGUGGCAAUGGGCACCUCUCUGAUGUGGACCCUUUUGGGAAUCUUGUGGGACACCAUUUUUCUUUGACCCGUCUUGAGAGAACUAUGAAGGGUCAAUGUGCCACAAUAGUUGAUCUAAUGUUUCAUGAAGCAUGAUUUUGAUGAUUUCAUGGAGACGAAUAAUAUUCGUCGUGAUCAAGUUGUUCCAUCCCAUGGGUCACACAUUCUGUGCCAAUAAUACUUGGAAAACCUGUUGGCUACCUCCUCCAUCAUCUAGCUAUCACGUAUUUACUUCCGUCUAUUUAUCUAUGUCUAUCUACAAUGUGCUCUUACCUAUGUCUAUUUCUAUAUGUAUAUACCAAUGUGCAUAUAUAUAUAUAUAUCUUGUGCUUUCCCUUACUUUGCAUUCAGUUGCUUACUUGGUCUGCUUUUUCUCGCCUGCAGGCUGAACCAUCCCCAACUACCGGAACCUUCACCAUGCCAUUGCUCGCAAACAUUGUGGUUUGUUCGAAGAGAUUGUCUUCUCCAAGGAGCAUUUCCAAUAACACUAUACAUGAUGAGCGAAAGAGUGUCAGCUUCGAAGUUGAACACUGUACAACGUCAGGCACAUCACUGUCGGGCACUACGGUAAUUCAUCAUUUUGGCAUUCAAUUCGGGAUGUUCUUUGUAAUUAUGUCAGAACCAGAAAAUUAUGGCCAUGCAAAAUUACUGACCGUAUUUUUAGUCGACUGAUACUCAAAAUUCCAGAACGAAUGCGUGUGUGCCAAUUAGUUAUACUGUCAUAUACUCUCAGCUACAUGUUGACCAUUCUGUCACAUGCUACUAUUGUGUGUACCUCGGAUUUUAUGCCUGUUUUAUUCCAAAAUUCAGAGUUCAAUGCAUUCGUCUGCUGCCUCGAAAAUCAGUGAGCACGGUAUUAUGUCAUCUACUACAUCCAGAGUUCGAAGGUUUCAUCUCUUUCGACUUAUUAAAAGGCUCACUAAUAAAAAUUGUCUAGAUUCGUCUCAACCGUUCCCUCAGCUUCUCUGUUUGAUAGGAAUAGAUUUAUGUGAAGAUGCUUUUUUAAAAGAUAAGACCAGUAUUUUACUGGUCUAGUGACUGAUAGAGUUGCGAAUUAACAUGUAUUUUUUUUCAAGUCACAUAGUCCAAGUCAAGUCAUGUGAAUCAGAAGACCAAAAGUAAUGAUCUGGAACAGUUUUAUCCCAUGGUCUGUUCCCACUGGGAGUCUUUACCCCUUUAGUAUGCAAUCGCCUUCUCAUUUUUUGUAAAGUUAAUUCAUCAUAGUUGACCUUAAUUUCAAUGAAUUCUUGUUUACUCUUUGUUCCAAGAAACAAAUUUAAUCCUCAUUGUUAAAGUACAACUAUGAAAUUGCAUGGGGUGAUAUAGUGCUAUUAGUUGCCUAACACCUUAAAUCUUCCUGAAGGUUGUCUCCAUAGAACAAAAAUCAGAAACUUUGUCACAAGCCAACUGUGUGGAUCAAUCUCGUACACGUAACAUGUCAUAUUCAGUUAGUUCAGAGAGUGUAGUAGUCGCUUCAAAUGAAUUGUCCCUCGUUGUUGCUAAACCAGCAAUACCAGAACAUGGGGGAGCGAGUACUACAAUUAGUGAACAUGUUCCUAAUGUGCCGCAGCUAGUAAACGCCAUAGAUAAUGGGGUUGAAACAACAACUAGCCAGAAAGAACACGAACAUAUGACUAUGGCUGAGAAAGCAUCAGAAGAUGGGUACAAUUGGCGAAAGUACGGACAGAAGCAUGUAAAAGGAAGUGAAUUUCCCCGGAGUUACUACAAAUGCACUCAUGCCAACUGUCCGAUGAAAAAGAUGUUGGAACGGACUCAUGAUGGACAGAUUACUGAGAUUAUCUACCGAGGUCAGCAUGAUCAUCCUAAGCCUCAACCCAAUCGUCGAUUUGCAGUUGGUGCUGUUCUUUGUAGCCAAGGAGGAGAGAAAUCUGAAGGAUUCUCCUCAUUAACCACUGGUGAAGGUAAGACUAUUUUUUGGUAUGUUAUUUUUCACUCUAUAUUUCCUCCUGGAAAUGACUUUGCGUGUAACAACCGCAGCCAAGCCAUCAAAUGGACAAGGCCAGGCAUCUUACUCCACUGAUCCCAAUGUUAUAACAGAGUUUUCCUCUGUCUCAGCAAAUGAUGGCGAUUUAGAAGGCGCUUGUGUGCAACCCAUUGAUGCUGUUGGUGACCAUGCUGAUGACGAUCCAGAGUCUAAGCGCAGGUGGUUUAUUAUAUCCAUUUUCCAACAUUUUAUAUUAUGUAGGUUUAUUAACUGUGAAGUAACUGAAGCAGGAGGAAAGAUGGUAUCACUGUUGACAUUUCCACGAUGGGUAAAACAGCCCAACCACGUGUUGUCGUGCAAACACUGAGUGAAGUGGAUAUAUUGGAUGAUGGAUACCGUUGGCGCAAAUAUGGGCAGAAAGUGGUGAAGGGGAACCCAAACCCCAGGUAUGUAUUAGUUCAUAAGAUGCAAUUAACUGAUGUGUUUUUUUAUUGGUUCAAUUUUCCACCUUUUUUUGUCAUCUAUUCUUUUAUGUGCAUGGGCAACUUGUUCAGCAUUGUUGACAAUAUUUCUUCUAGCAGCUCAAUUGUGUAGAGAUUAUUCUGUCUUCCAAAUUUUGAAUGAUUUAAGUUAGGUACGGUUGGUGACAUUGAGAAUAAGUGACAACACAGCCUUGGAAAAAACAAUGUGGGCAUUCGUAGCCAUAUACUUAGUUGUGCAUAUAUGUGUUUCCACGGAUCGUGCUCGAGAUUUUCAGUGAUAAGUUUUAAUGCUUAAAUUUAAAAUUUAGAUGCUUGAUUAAAUCAUAAUUCCUGUGUAAUUUCAUUUUUUAGAUACGCUUUUUGGACCCAGUCUCACAAACGCUUAACGUUACGGGAGGUCCAUUCUCCUUCUCUUUCUGAAACAUGGAAAUUUCUGUCAGAUUCUUGUGCCUGAGAUAAUGUUUUCCUCGAGAUAAGGGAAGUUUUUGUGCAGGUUUCACCCUUUUAUUUUGUUUUAUCCGUAAAUAUCUGUUCUCCCUAGUCAUCAAGUUAGUGCUAUUGGGUUCCUCCAUCAUGUAUUACUGAAUUAUUUGGACUUUUUCUAAAUGUCGAUAUGUGGAAACUUAGUGCUCUAGUAUUUACUGCAUAAUUAAUUAUCCAAUUAACUGUACUGCUGAAUGACUUCUUGUUCUGGUUGUUAAUUCUGGCUGUGCAUACUAUUGGAGCUACGAGUUGCUAAGUAGCUAUCUCGCAUCCGGGUUAUGAGUAUCCCCAUUGUUAGUAAAUAAUAUCCUCUAACUAUGUUAUGAUCGAGAGAAGAGUGGUGCCCAAUACCAUAUUCAUUUUCUGAUCGUAAAUAGUGAACCCCAGUUGUCACCCGUCUAAUGCAAAUAAUAGAAGUGGAAAGACUACUAAAUUUUCACCCACUUCGAUGUCAUAUUUCGAUUCUUCAAGUGUCGGAUGCUACCACAGUCAUAUGCCUCUGCUGAUGAUGUUCAUCUGCCAAUGGCAGGAGCUAUUACAAAUGCACAAAUGCAGGAUGCCCGGUUAGAAAACACGUGGAGAGGGCAUCCCAUGAUCCUAAAGCAGUCAUAACCACGUACGAAGGGAAGCACAACCACGAUGUCCCUGCUUCAAGGACCAGUGGCCAUGACACAGGUGCAGCAGUGUCUGCAAAUGAGUGCACUGUUCUCAACAGUCAACCUUCAGUGGCUACCAACGGCAUCAUAUCAACCUACGACGCCAUGAGAGUGAUUUCCGAUCAGUACGAACAGAUGGAAGAGAGCGACACGAUCAGCCUGGACCUUGGAGUCGGGUUGAGCCCGAGAUACGAGGGCAGACCUGGCGAGAAACUACAGAUGCCCGAGCCCAAUCAAAGUCAGAAUCGUGAUCUACAGAUCGCUCGUCCUGGUUGCAAUUCUACAGUGAUGCAGCCAGCCUUGGGCCUGCCAUAUUACGGUGACCCCAGUCUUGGAGCAGAGAGCUUCAGACGUGUUGAGGACACAGCAGAAAGCUUCACCUUCAAGACUCUUCCAUUGAGUCACCCAUCAUAUGAAGCAAGCGUGAGAAGAUUACUUAUGGGUCCGUAA